UUAGCAGCACAAAACCUUAAAGUUCCAUCAAUUUACCCAUGCCUUGGCAAUUCAGUUUUUGCUAUGAAAAUGGAAGAACUAAAGCGUGAUGAGGACGAGGCAUGGCCUUUUAAAUCGCUCAUAUUGUUGGUAAUUUGUGGUUAUUUUUCGGGCAUAGUGCUCGUCAUCGUUUGGUACGAGUUUCAUCCGAUUCAAAGAAAACGUGAUAUGACGGCACGCUGGUACGCCAUUAUAUGCCUCGGAUUGCUAAUCAUUGUGCUAUUCUAUAGUCGUCCUGUUAGAUGUGUUCUGAGCCUUGCGGUGCCCUCGCUAAGUAGCUCACGGGGACGAGCCCUGCUCAUAGCAGUCGCUUUCUUCUUGGCUGCCAUUGGUCCAGUGGCUAAUAUUUUCGCCAAUUUGCGCGUCCUGCUGCGCAGUCUCGCCUGCAGUCAGGAACUUCUGCGCCAGGCUCUUCUACAAAUACUGGACGUUAUAAUGGAGCCAGUCGAGGCUAUAAAGCUGGCUAUAGAGCUACUUUUGGAGGAAGUGCGUCGCGUCAUGGAGCAUGUAAUGGAGGUCCUGUUGCGCAUACAAGGCUACCUCUUGCUCAUAAUCGACACAUUGAAGAAAUGCGCUCUCUGGUUGAAGUCCGUCGUGGAGCUGUGCAAUUCGGAGAUGGGCACACCAUGGACCCGCUGUAAACGCACCGCCAAGCUCGCCAUGCACAGGUGCGAAGCCAAGUUGGGAAUUUUAAAGCCGCUCUGCCAUGCCACAAAGAUAUUUCUAGUCUUUUGCUAUCCCUCUAAGAUCGUAGAUGUAUUUUGCACUGGUUUUUGGGAUCUCAAUGAAGAGUUGCUGGACAACAUCCUGCAACGCUAUCGCGAAUUUGUGCAGCACAUUGAGGAAAUGUUCGAUGCCAGCAUUACCUUUGAGCAUGAUUUCUACUUUAACACAAGUGCUUCGCGGAAUUUGUCGGAUGUGGGCGAAGAAAUUAUGCAGGAUAUUAAUGCAGAGCUUCGACCAUAUAUACUGCUCUUCGGCUGGUUGGAUAUCGUGUGCUGGAUCAUGAUAAUAUGCAUAUUUCUAAAGGCUAUCUAUUUCUAUAUGCGCUACAUGCACAGUCGCGAGUACCAGAAUAUUUUUCUGACCAAGCCCUUCUAUGCGAUUGAUAGGCAACGUAAGCGACUGGGUCAGGAAACGGUAUUACCCUUAAAACGUACGGAGCGAAGAAAAUAUAUAAAGCUCUCCAGCUUGCGACUUACAAACUCCGAGUGGCUUUUGAUUGCCCGGAAUGCAUUCUUCAUGCUUAUCACCAGUCUGCAGCUGUUUUGCGUUUGCUUUGUGGAUUACGCGCUCUUUUGGCUGCUGGCCACCAUGUCCUAUUAUGGCCAUCAGCAGGCCGAUCUGGAGAUACCUGCCUACAUUGAUCUGGAGGUCAAAGGUGGUGGCUUUGUGGGCGACAUCAUGCGAGGCAUCGCCAAUGCCUUUCGACCCGUCACUCAGAAGAAGAUGCUCGACACCCAUCAGUGUUUGCCCUUGCCCGUCGAGCCUAACUACGUGCGCUUUGUCCAAAUAUUGGGACUCUGUUUAGCCGCGUGGUUAGUCUUGCUGUGCGAACCCCAUUGCUUGCGCCUUCGCCACGUCAUUAUGCGCUGCUUUUAUCCCGAACGCGCCCACACCCGCGCUCUGUACAUGCACAAUAAGAUCCUGACCGAGCGAGUUGGGUUCUUCAAGUUUGCUCGUCGUAGGGCACGGGCAGCCUUUAUGUAUCAAGAUCCCGAGGGUCAUGUGAGCUGUCUGAACUGGCUCCGAGGCAAAUUAAAUUGGUGCUGGUGUUGCCGCUGCAUCUUGGGAGGUCUGAGCGGCGAUCUGUGUGUGAUGUGCGCCAAAUCUUUGAGCUCAUCGACCAGCAUACGAUGCGACACCCGGGGCUGCAAGGGCGUCUACUGUAAGGUCUGCUUUAGCCAGUCCAAUAACACCUGCUGUCUAUGCAAGCGACCCAUAGAUUAUGGUGAUUACAGCGAUUUCUCUGAAGUGAAGGACUCUUCGGAUGAUGCUGACGUCGAAUCCUUUGGACAACAAUAUUCAAGAAAGUUCUGCAGACAUCGUAGGCGUAGAAGCAAGAAGCAUCCUUAG